GUGGAAGCGGAAGUGGCUUCCCCUGGCGGAGCGGCCGGCUGGGCCCGGUUCCGGGUGUCCCUGACUCGGUGGCGGCGGGGGGAGGGAGGAAGAUGGCGGCGGACUUGGAGGCAGAGGUGCCGGCCAUUGACAAGAGCCUGCUGGAAUGCUCGGCAGAAGAGGUGGCCGCGAAAUGGUUGCAAGCAACUGAUCUUCCCAAAGAAGUAUACCAGCACCUAACUUACUAUGUACCCAGAAUUUACUGUAAGGGUCCAAACCCUGCUCCACAAAGAGAAGAUAUGCUGGCACAGCAUGUUUUGCUGGGACCAAUGGAAUGGUAUCUGUGUGGUGAAGACCCUGCAUUUGGAUUUCCAAAACUUGAACAAGCAAACAAACCUUCACACCUCUGUGGUCGUGUUUUUAAAGUGGGAGAACCUACAUAUUCCUGCAGAGACUGUGCAGUUGACCCAACUUGUGUAUUAUGCAUGGAGUGCUUUCUGGGAAGUAUUCAUAAAGAACAUCGAUACAGGAUGACAACAUCGGGUGGAGGAGGUUUCUGUGACUGUGGUGAUACUGAAGCUUGGAAAGAAGGCCCUUACUGUAAAAAGCAUGAUCUUAACACAUCACAGACUGCAGAAGAAGAGGAUCCUCUGGUGCAUUUAUCUGAAGAUAUGAUAGCAAGAGCUUAUAACAUUUUUUCUAUCAUGUUUCAAUAUGCAGUAGAUAUAUUAACAUGGGAAAAAGAAAAUGAAUUGCCACCUGGCUUAGAGAUGGUUGAGAAGAGUGACACUUACUACUGCAUGCUUUUUAAUGAUGAAGUUCACACAUAUGAACAAGUUAUAUACACCCUACAGAAAGCUGUCAACUGUACACAGAAAGAAGCCAUUUUUUUUGCAACAACAGUAGAUAGAGAUGGACGCAGAUCUGUCCGAUAUGGAGACUUCCAGUAUUGUGAUCAAGCAAAAUCAGUAAUAGUGAGAAAUACCAGCCGUCAGACAAAGCCACUGAAGGUUCAGGUUAUGCAUUCGUGUAUUGUUGCCCAUCAGAGCUUUGGUUUGAAACUCCUGACUUGGCUUGGCAAUGUGAUUGGAUAUUCAGAUGGCCUUCGUCGGAUAUUGUGUCAAGUUGGUUUACAAGAGGGACCAGAUGGUGAAAACUCUUCUCUUGUGGAUAAACUGAUGCUGUCUGAUUCUAAGCUGUGGAAAGGGGCUAGAAGUGUGUACCAUCAGUUAUUUAUGAGCAGUCUACUUAUGGAUUUGAAAUACAAGAAGCUUUUUGCUAUCCGGUUUGCAAGAAACUAUGAGCGAUUGCAGAGUGAUUAUGUGAAAGAUGACCACGACAGAGAGUUCUCAAUUGCUGACCUCUCGGUACAGAUAUUCACAGUGCCUUCACUUGCACGAAUGCUAAUAACUGAAGAAAAUCUUAUGACCACUAUCAUCAAAACCUUUAUGGACCACUUAAGGCACCGUGAUAUUCAAGGCAGGUUUCAGUUUGAACGAUAUACAGCCUUGCAAGCUUUUAAAUUCAGGCGGGUUCAGAGUCUUAUUUCGGAUCUCAAGUAUGUGUUGAUAAGCAAGCCAGCUGAUUGGUCAGAUGACCUGAGACAAAAGUUUCUAGAAGGUUUUGAUGCCUUUUUAGAAUUACUGAAGUGUAUGCAGGGCAUGGAUCCAAUAACCCGUCAAGUAGGACAGCACAUAGAAAUGGAACCAGAGUGGGAAGCAGCCUUUACAUUACAGAUGAAAUUAACACUUGUUAUUUCAAUGAUGCAGGACUGGUGUGCAUUAGAUGAAAAGGUACUCAUUGAAGCUUAUAAGAAAUGUCUGAGUGUGCUGAUGCACUGUCACAGUGGUUUUGCUGAUGGAGAACAGCCUAUCAUGCUCAAUAUGUGUGGACAUUCAGUUGAGACCAUCAGAUAUUGUGUUUCUCAGGAAAGAGUUAGCAUUCAUCUUCCAGUAUCUCGGUUGCUUGCAGGUUUGCAUGUCUUGCUAAGUAGAAGUGAAGUGGCUUACAAGUUUCCAGAGCUACUACCACUGAGUGAACUUAGUCCACCUAUGUUAAUAGAGCACCCUCUACGAUGUCUAGUUUUAUGUGCCCAAGUGCAUGCAGGAAUGUGGCGAAGAAAUGGGUUCUCUCUUGUAAAUCAAAUCUAUUACUAUCAUAAUGUGAAAUGCAGGAGAGAAAUGUUUGACAAAGACAUAGUAAUGCUUCAGACUGGUGUAUCCAUGAUGGAUCCAAACCAUUUCCUAAUGGUAAUGCUGAGUCGUUUUGAACUUUAUCAGAUAUUUAGCACUCCAGACUAUGGCAAAAGAUUUAGCACAGAUAAUACUAAUAAGGAUGUGGUUCAGCAAAAUAAUACUCUUAUAGAAGAAAUGCUAUACUUAAUUAUAAUGAUUGUUGGGGAAAGAUUUAGUCCUGGAAUAGGACAAGUAAGUCCCACAGAUGAAAUCAAGCGAGAAAUUAUCCAUCAACUGAGCAUCAGGCCCAUGGCCCACAGUGAAUUAGUAAAGGCAUUACGUGAAGAUGAGAAUAGAGAGACAGGGAUGGAAAGUGUGAUUGAAGAAGUUGCCUGUUUCAAAAAGCCUGGAUUAACAGGCAGAGGAUUGUAUGAAUUGAAACCGGAGUGUACCAAGGAUUUCAACCUAUAUUUCUAUCACUUUUCUAGGGCAGAGCAAUCUAAGGCAGAGGAAGCACAAAGAAAGCUGAAAAGACAAAACCGAGAAGAUACAGCACUUCCACCACCUGUCCUGCCUCCUUUCUGUCCUCUCUUUGCAAGCCUAAUUAAUAUUCUGCAGUGUGAUGUCAUGUUGUAUAUUAUGGGGACGAUACUGCAGUGGGCAGUAGAACAUAAUGGCUAUGCCUGGUCAGAGUCCAUGUUGCAAAGGGUUUUACACUUGAUUGGAAUGGCACUGCAAGAAGAAAAGCAGCACCUUGAGAAUCUCAAUGAAGAGAAUAUUGUAACAUUCACUUAUACUCAGAAGAUCUCAAGACCUGGUGAGGCACCUAGCAGUUCUCCAAGUAUAUUGGCUAUGCUAGAAACUUUGCAAAAUGCACCUCAUUUGGAAGUGCACAAGGACAUGAUCAGGUGGAUACUGAAGACUUUUAACGCUAUAAAGAAACUAAGAGAAAGCUCUUCUACAAGUCCUGUGGCUGAGACUGAAGAAAAUAUUAUGGAAGAGAGUUCGCGAGAUAAAGACAAAGCUGAGAGGAAGCGAAAAGCCGAGAUUGCCAGGCUACGCAGAGAGAAGAUCAUGGCUCAGAUGUCUGAGAUGCAGCGACACUUCAUUGAUGAGAAUAAAGAACUCUUUCAGCAGACUUUGGAAGAACUAGACACUUCAUCCUCCAAAGUGCCUGAUAAUAGUCCUACAGUUUCAGAUACAAAGCUUACAGCUUUGGGUCCAGAGCAAACUAGAGUGACUGAAAAGAGACAAGUGGUUACUUGUAUUUUGUGUCAAGAAGAGGAGGAAGUUAAAGUGGACAGUAGGGCCAUGGUCUUGGCAGCAUUUGUUCAAAGAUCAACUGUACUGUCUAAAAACCGGAAUAAAAUAAUUCAGGAUCCUGAAAAAUACGAUCCAUUAUUCAUGCACCCAGAUUUAUCAUGUGGAACACACACAGGUAGCUGUGGACAUAUUAUGCAUGCCCACUGUUGGCAGAGGUAUUUUGAUGCUGUUCAGGCAAAGGAGCAAAGAAGACAACAAAGAUUACGUGUGCAUACAAGUUAUGAUGUAGAAAAUGGUGAAUUCCUUUGCCCUCUUUGCGAGUGUUUAAGCAACACUGUUAUUCCUCUGCUUCCUCCACCAAGAGCUUUAUUUAACAGGUUAGACUUCGCAGGUCAGCCACACCUAACUCAUUGGAUCAGAACAGUAUCCCAGCAGAUAAGAACAUUCUACUUACUUCAAGAUGAAGAAAGUGCUAGUAGCAACUGCUGUGGUAACUCGGAAAAAAUGGAUCAGUUACAGUUACCCGAAGGAUUUAGGCCAGAUUUCCAACCAAAGAAUCCAUAUUCUGAGAGCAUUAGAGAGAUGCUGACCACAUUUGCUACAGCAACCUACAAGGUGGGACUGAAGGUUCAUCCAAAUGAAGAGGAUCCACGUGUACCCAUAAUGUGCUGGGGUAGCUGUGCUUACACAAUACAGACUAUAGAACGAAUUUUAGCUGAUGAAGAUAAACCAUUAUUUGGUCACUUACCUUGCCGACAGGAUGAUUGCCUCACAUCAUUAACGAGAUUUGCAGCAGCACACUGGACAGUUGCCUCUCUUUCGGCAGUACAGGGUCACUUUUGUACACUUUUAGCAUCACUGGUGCCUAAUGAAAAACAUGGAAAUCUUCCAUGCAUACUUGAUAUUGACAUGCUUCAUUUAUUGGUAAGCUUGGUGCUGUCCUUCCCUGCCAUACACUGCCAGGAUUUUUCAGGCGUUAGUUUAGCCACUGGAGAUCUUCACCUCUUCCAUCUUGUCACUAUGGCACACAUAGUGCAAAUUCUACUUACCUCAUCAACAGAAGAAAAUGGCAUGGACCAAGAAAACACAAACAGUGAAGAAGAAUUGGCAGUGCUUGCUCUGCAUAAAUUUCUUUGCCAGUGUACAGGAAGUGCCUUGAAAGAAAUUUCCUCAGGCUGGCAUCUGUGGAGAAGUAUAAAAGCUGGAAUCAUGCCUUUCCUGAGAUGUUCUGCUAUGUUUUUCCAUUAUUUAAAUGGGGUCCCAGCACCACCAGAAAUUAAAGUAAAUGGGGCAAACCAGUUUGAACAUUUAUGUAGUUAUCUUUCCCUGCCAAGCAACCUUAUUUGCCUUUUCCAAGAAAAUAACAAAAUUAUGAACACAUUAGUAGAAAGUUGGUGUAGUAACAGUGAAGUUAAAAGAUACCUAGAAGGCAAGAGACCAGCCAUAAGCUAUGCAAGAGAUUCUAACAAAUUAAUAGACCUUCCAGAUGAUUACAGCUGCCUCAUUAAUCAAGCAUCUAAUUUCUUGUGUCCAAAAUCAGGUGGUGAUAAAAGCAGAGCACCAACAUUGUGCCUUGUAUGUGGGACCAUGCUGUGUUCUCAGAGUUACUGUUGUCAAACAGAGUUAGACGGGGAAGAUGUUGGAGCCUGUACUGCACAUACAUAUUUAUGUGGCUCUGGAGUGGGCAUAUUUCUUAGAGUACGAGAAUGUCAAGUGCUCUUUUUAGCUGGAAAAACAAAGGGCUGCUUUUAUGCUCCUCCUUAUCUUGAUGACUAUGGAGAGACAGAUCAGGGACUCAGACGUGGGAAUCCCUUGCAUCUCUGCAAAGAACGAUUUAAAAAGAUUCAAAAACUCUGGCAACAGCACAGUAUCACAGAAGAAAUUGGACACGCACAAGAAGCAAAUCAGACCCUUGUUGGCAUUGAUUGGCAGCAUUUAUAAUUUGUUAUCUUCUGAAGACUGGAACUUUAUGAUGAUGAUUUUUAUAACCCAAUAAGCUUUUUCAAACAAAAGAGGGAUUAGGAGAAAAAGUCUGAUAAAAUAAAAAGAACCCAGUCCUUUUAUUUAACUUGUUUUCCAGUUUAUUUUGUCAAGAUACAAGUUAUAAUAACCAUGUAAGCUUCUUUUUCUAUGUAAGCAGGUUUUAUUAGUAUUAUUAUUUGCACUGUGCUUCCUUCACAUGAAACCUCUUGGGUUAUAGAACCUGGGCAAAUGAACUUAAGCUUCUCAUAUAAAAGGAAUGACUCUUUUUGGAAGUCUGGCCAUGUUUUCUCUUAUGAACUAAAAGAGGAAAAGAGACUGCUGAAAUGGAGACUAGAUUGAGCACAACUAUGGAUUAUGUUUUGCCCUGUGCUAGUAAUCUGAGCCGUUUUAUUUUAUUUAUUAUUCUGCAUUUUAAUACUUAACUGUGUGUACAUGCAAUGGAAUGAAGUAAGGAUGCAAAUAAUGUAGCAAAUGGAUGUUGCUGUCUGUAUCAGUGGAUAACUAUUUCAUUUAGCGCAUCUAAAAUGAUUUUGCCACUUGUAUUCUUAUAGGGAUUUUUUUUGGUUUUUUUACUAAAAUAAUUAACAUUAGCUUGACAUGUAAAACAAUUUAAUUUAAAGCUAUUUCCAGAGCACUGCACUCCAUAGAAGUAUUGUAUAGUUUGCCAUUGGAAUUUAGCAGGGAAACCUUUUUAUUUUCCAUGGGUUGAUGGUGGUUUUCAAUAUUUAAGGGUUGACUUUGUGCUCUAGAAGAUGUUUUAAGGCAAUGACAAUACAUAACAAAAAAUGUCAUGUGAAAUGUGAUUUUUAUAUUAAUUUGGAGAAGCACAGAAGGAUUUUUUCUUAAUUUUUGUUAAUUUUAAAAGCUAUAAUUUCAAAUCCCAUUUUUAUUAAAUUUCAGUUCUGCAAAUAGAAACUCUCAGACACAAAUGAACAGAUUACUCUAUUGUUUGAAGGGCAGCAGUUACCCUGUCUGUGUGUUUGCAUCUAUUCAUUUCCUUUCCGUUUUAUCAUCAGGUAUAUUUACUUUCUGGCAUAGUAUGCACUUGGCUAAAGUUCUGUAAAGAUGUUUGCUUAUAGUAUAUUUUAUAAAUAUAUUAUAUAACUGCACAGAUUUGCACUUGGUAUGUGGGUGCCUGAAGGCAGUGAAUUUUCUAGUUGUAUGUAGUCAAAUACUGUGUUAGACUUCCAAGACAUCUCUCAAAGUGACUUUAUGCCUAUUGACAGAAAAAUCCAUGACCUCAAGUCCUGCCAGGCUUCUGGCAAGUUAACUCUGAUUUUUUUUUUUUAAAUAAUCAAAACUAUACUUUGACAAAGUUUUGCUCUCUUAUUUCCUCUUCAGUCCAGACAAGUAAUCUUUUUUAAUGUCUGUUGUGUCUUCAGUUAGAAUAGGUUUGAUUGAAUUGCUCAUAUUUUAAGAGAUGUAAUGCUUCAGCAGAAUUUUGUAUAUUUAUGAUGUACAGGAUAGUUUUCCAAAAGCUUGGAAAUAGUAUUGACGUGAAAUACAAAAUAGAAAAUUUGGCCAAUUUCAACUCUUGUUUCCUUAGGCCAGUAUUAAAUAGUCCAUUUUUGUCUUUCUUCCUACAUCUGCAGAAUCAUCAGAAAGAUAAUCAGCACUGAGGUUCCAUAUUUGCAUUCCCAUUCUUGAAUUAGGUUCUUGUCAAGUUUUUGCUGUGCACAAUACAUAAUAGUUUGAUUCUUCCUUUGCUACAAAACUGUUUCUUUGACUUGACGGUCUUGCUGCUUUUGCUGAAUUCCAUAGCUUCAGGUAACAUAUUAUUUUAAAUUUGAAUUUAAAAAUUCAGUUUACCAUGGGCAUAGCUAUUUAAAAAAUAGUGAAAGGUGAUCCGGUACAAUUAAUAAUACUGACAGAAUUUCUGUGUAAACUAAAUAUUGAUAGAACUUAUUUUUCUUGGGUACCGUAGUCUUGAGACUGAGGUUGAAUGGGCUGAUAAAUAAUGACUGCAAGUAAUUGCAAAGUACACAAUUUAUUCUUGGGGUUUUUUUGGUAAGGUUAGCCAUUCUUUACUUAAACUCUUUUUCUUUUCUGAUUUGUUUUGCAUGUAUUUAUGUUCAUUGUAGAAAUGUUUAUAUAACAUGGUUUCAGUAUCAGGGAAGUGUAAUACAUGUAAUAAAUUGGCUAUAACUUUAAUAUCUGUGGAUGACUUGUAAAAUUUGGAAUGUAUCAUAUGUAAAAAGAAAAAAUUGAAAGCAUCAAAAUAAAUGCUUUAGGUGUUGACAU